AAUCAUAAGGCCUCUGAUCACUCAGCACUCCUUAGUUGUCCUCCUGAUCCUGACUCACUGAGUAAAAUCAUCAGGGACAUCUGACCAUGAGAUGGGGGUUGGGAAAUUGCCCAUGUCCUUCAGAGCAGACAAAGAUGAGACUUGAGACCGGUAUGGCACAUCAGAUUCCUUCCCCAAGUAUCUCUUGCUCUCCUGGAAUAAAAGGAAUUAGGGAUGGGGAAAUUUAAACUAUGCAGGUCUGGACUUGGUUUCCCUCUAGGAUCAUGUGGUUCAUUACCAAAUCUUAAAACUUACAGGCAUAAACCUGUGUUCUUGAGGGUCUAUAUGCAAUCCAGCUAGAAACUGAAUCUAUCCUAUGUAUUUUCUGUUCCAAGAACCGUCUUUUCCUCUUCCUCCGCCUCUGUUUAUGGAAGAAAAUGGAAUUUGGGGAUGUGGCUUAGGGACUGAACUAGACUCUUAUGAUCUGUCACAUGCCUGGAUGUUGGGGGAAUCAUUUGGAGAAGCUCAUAUGACUGGUCCUGGAUUGGGGAUUUUAAUAAUUGAAACAUAAUGUUCAGGCAUCCUACCAUCUGAAAGUUUUAGCAACAAAGAAGUCACAUGUGAGUUUGUCAGUGCUAUGCACUGAUUCAAGUGCUGUCAUUAAUAACGAGGAGGGCUGGUUUGGGUUACUUUCAGAACCAGCUUCAUCUGGGUGUUCUGGGCAUAUCCUUCCUCAGGAAAACCGUAUUAGGCUGGAAGAGGUAUUGACAACUUUUAGCCAACAAACUUAUAACAUACAAAUGAUUUUUGAGCCUGUGGUUUCCAUUACACUCUUUUCUAGUCUUUCAUGUUUAUUCCCUCAUUCUUGCUGGAUGUCUGACCCUCAGGUCAGACAGAAAUUUGAAAACUGAGGUUUCGAAGUUGGAGAGAUAACAGGAAAAGGGCAGGAAAAGAUGUAGUCCCUAAUACCAUAAAUUCUAUGUAAUAAAGAAAGAUGGAGAAGAUCAGGGCUGUGUCCUAUUAACCAUCAAAGUGAAGGUAAGCCCCAGCUUGAAUAAAUGUGUAUGGAAGUCUUCUUGCCCUCAAAGACAGUCAUGAGAAACUACCCAGCAACUUUCCACUUUGGUGCACACACUUGACAUGCACACAAAAACACUGCAAAUCCACCGCUUCCUUCCCUCUCCGACCCUGCUUCUCUCAGCAUUUCUUUCCCCGCCUCCCUCCCCUAUUCAAAUUUUCCAGCCAACAGCUGGAACUGACUUCCGCAAUCCUAAUGGAAUAAAUCCAGCACCCCUAGUCAUCCGCCCACAUUAUCCACACUUCCCCGUCGAAAGGAGCCCGGAGCACAGAACCCCAUCAGCAGGCUGUGAACCCCUUGGCACACAGAAGAACUUCCCCUAAUUAUCCCCUUUCCCAGGAUGUGGGGACUCAAGAUUCUACUGCUGCUGCCCACAGCGACCUUUGCUCUAUAUCCUGAGGCCAUACUGGACACACAAUGGGAGCUAUGGAAGAAGACCUAUGGGAAGCAGUAUAACAACAAGGUGGAUGAAAUCUCCCGGCGUUUAAUAUGGGAAAAAAAUUUGAAGCAUAUUUCCAUCCAUAAUCUUGAGGCCUCUCUUGGUGUCCACACAUAUGAACUGGCCAUGAACCACUUGGGGGACAUGACCAGUGAAGAGGUGGUUCAGAAGAUGACUGGACUCAAAGUACCCCCCUCUCGUUCCCGCAGCAAUGACACCCUCUAUAUCCCAGACUGGGAGAGCAGAGCCCCAGACUCCAUUGAUUAUCGAAAGAAAGGAUAUGUUACUCCUGUCAAAAACCAGGGUCAGUGUGGUUCCUGUUGGGCUUUUAGCUCUGUGGGUGCCCUGGAGGGCCAACUCAAGAAGAAAACUGGCAAACUCUUAAAUCUGAGUCCCCAGAACCUUGUGGAUUGUGUUUCUGAGAAUGAUGGCUGCGGAGGGGGCUACAUGACCAAUGCCUUCCAGUAUGUGCAGAAAAACAGGGGCAUUGACUCUGAAGAUGCCUACCCGUAUGUGGGACAGGAUGAAAGUUGUAUGUACAACCCAACAGGCAAGGCAGCUAAGUGCAGAGGGUAUAGAGAGAUCCCUGAGGGGAACGAGAAAGCCCUGAAGAGGGCAGUGGCCCGAGUGGGACCCAUCUCUGUGGCCAUUGAUGCAAGCCUGACCUCCUUCCAGUUUUACAGCAAAGGUGUGUACUACGAUGAAAACUGUAAUAGCGAUAAUCUGAACCAUGCGGUUUUGGCAGUGGGAUAUGGGAUCCAGAAAGGAAACAAGCACUGGAUAAUUAAAAACAGCUGGGGAGAAAACUGGGGAAACAAAGGCUAUAUCCUCAUGGCUCGGAAUAAGAACAACGCUUGUGGCAUUGCCAACCUGGCCAGUUUCCCCAAGAUGUGACUUCAGCCAGCCAACCUCAUCCUGCUUUUCCAUUCCUUCUAUGAUGGUGCAACAUACUGAUGUACUUUGGAAGGGAGUUGGUGUGCCUGUCUUGAAGCAGAUGUAGCAAUAUAGAAAUUGUCCAAUCAGUUUCCCGGUUUGUUUGUGCUUUGAGUGACACUCCUACUACUUUCCCUCCCUCCACCCAAGGCCUUUAUUUUUCAUUGUGGCCACAGUAGCAAUUUUCCUAACAAGUGUACCUUCCUCAGCUAAGAGAUAUGACCACAGCCUGCUCUGACUGUUGUCGGGCUGAUGCUGUGCAAAUAGUCUGAGGCUAGAGAUCUUUAGAUAGAUUCUUAUUCACAGGGACUAGUUUGCUUUAACCAUCUAGAGUACUAAGGUGACCUGACGUCUCAGUCUCCAAAUUCACUUCUUCUGUAUCCAGAAGGUAGAAAUUUCUACGUUUUCCACCCCAAUUCAUAAAUAUAUUCAUAAAUCUUUGGUACAAGUUUAUGUGAUAUUAGAAAUAUGCCUUCUUUGCAUUUUUAAAGUAAACCAAGUAUUUAUCUGUCUCUAAUUUAAUAAAUACCUAUUUAGUAAAUAUUCA